AUGACUACAGGUUCCAACGUAGCUCUCGUCGACGCAGACUGUGCCCUGCAAUUCGUCGAUGAGGAUGCGCUCGAGGAUGUCCUUAGGAAGGCCACCGAUGUGGCCGCAGAGCUGUCCAGGGCUGGAGGCAGGGCGAGAGGAGGGGACGCGGGGGUGAUGGAGGAAGCCACUGUGCAGAACUUACACCAAUGCCUUGAGAGCAACAGCGCCGCCCGCCUCAACGGCUUCAGAGAUGACAAAAGGCUCCAGAAGCAAGCUCCAGGUGCUUCACCCCUCCCUCCGCUCCCCUCCCUUCGCCGUUUCCCGCGCUCCAUCGACGUCGACGAGAUCCCGGCACAAAACCUUCGGCACGAUCUGCUAUACGAGCAAGCGCGCAUCUCGAGUCGCCGGGCAACAACCCAAGGCCUCGCAGCAGCACGAUACCAAUCCCAGAGACGUCAAGGCAGGAGGAGAUUGCAGCAUGUUGCAGUCCUAUCAGUGGCCAUACAGUCUCGAAGCGGCUGCUGCGAAACCGGGGACCGCUACCACGAACAGCGAGAUACAAGAGAGCAGAGGAGCCGGAGAACAGCAGACAAAGGCAAAGAACGAUCAGGAGAAACAGGGGAUAUGGCUUCGACAAAGACAAUGUUGAGAUUCGAGUCCACACAAAGAAGAGAAGGGAUCGAGGAACAAAGCACCGUGCCGACGCACUGUGGUAAAGUGACCCAGCGAUCAAAGUCCGCCGUCGCCACAGUUCCAGGAACAGCAGGCGAGCGCCCGUGA